GGCGCCACAUGUCCUAUGAGUUGAUUUCCGGUUUUCACUUAUUUUUUUCGCCGUUGAAAACACCAAAAAACGCGGUUAAUGAAUUAAAACGAAAAUUACAGUAGUGGGGAGUGAUUAAAUGGGUCAAACAUCAUCUGGAGCUGGUCCAGGAGCCUCGGGAAACGAGACAUCUCACUGUUCCUUUUGCGAAAAUCCAUCCUGUUAUGAAGAGGUCCCCCUAACCUCCCCCGAAGUGCCUGAAGAAGCCGUUCCACCGGAUCGUAAUCGCAGUUUGGACGAGUUGGCUCGGAAAUUCGACAGUAUUUUAGAUAAAGCGAAAACCCUGGGGCUUCAGGAGCUGGUCCCACCGAUCGAGGAAACAGCGGCAACACUGAAGAACCUGGCGAGGCCAGGUCCGUCUCAAGUUCCCAGCGAACCAGGACUCUCUUGCAACUGCAAUGAGUGGGGCCCAGAUGUCGUUAGUCCCCAAGGCAACUGGAUUUGCAAUCCAUGCGGUGAUAAAUGUCAAUGCGAUAAGACCUGGUACAUUCCGUCUGUCAGUAAAAAAAUAUCGCACAUAUGUGACCCUGAGCCCCUGAAAGAGAAAGGAUUUUGCGAAGAGACGGAUCCAUCAAUCGCCAGGAUCAGAGGUCAUAAUGAGGUGGCUCCAGUCAAUGAUGAAUCCUCUCGGAGUCAGAUUGAAGUGUCGUCUGAUCAUGUCCCGUCUGGGGCACCCAAAUAUCCGGUGGAACCUAGUGCCAGUCGUGAGGGAGAAAGUGGAGCUACUUGUCCGUGCGGCUGCGGGUACUAUCAGCAAGGGGAAUUCAAAGUUUGUCCUUGUGGAUGUGGGACCAUUAUUGAAAUUGUUGAUGAUGAUGGAGAAUAUCUCGGCGGCAGAGAUGGAGGGCCCUGUUGUGUCUGCGGCAAUGAACUCAAUAACGAGUUGAUCCAUAACCCGGAGCCAUCGUCCAAGGUUUUCUCGGCACCGAAUGAUACUGGAUUGAUGUCAGCAUUCGAAAUGCUGCAAGCCAAGUGUCGCAUAAAAGACGGAAUGAUUGCUGUUCUGGCUGAGGAGAUCAGGAAUUCCGGUCAUGUCAAUCACAUCGUUGAGAAUUUAGGUGCGCCUUGUUUACCACGCGUUGCUGUUGACUUCGAUCGGUCUAUGCUGUGCGAUUAUCUCAGAAGUCCAUCGCUUCCGGAUCUGUCGCAGAAGCGAGUUCGUAUCGAGGACGAUACAGUGCCGAAGCCAACGAAUUUCCGGAUUGUCAGGUCGAUACUCAACUCAUUAUUCGUCGCCUGGGAUCCGCCUGAAUCGCUGUGUAAACUUCGAGGAUUUGAGAUUGCAGUUAAUGGGAUCGUAACGUCCCGAGUUGGAUCACCGACGAGAACCCAGGCAAUUUUAACUUCCGUUGACUUGACAAAACCAACGGUUCUCACCUUAUACGCAGUUGCCACGAAUGGUCACAUAUCGGACUCGUCGACAAUAACUUUUCCAGCUAGUAAAGGCCCAUGA